AUGUCGGCCGGCGGAGCGCCCGUCCCGCCGCCCCCGAACCCUGCCGUCUCGUUCCCGGCGCCCCGGGUCACCCUGCCCGCCGGCCCCGACAUCCUGCGGACCUACUCGGGCGCCUUCGUCUGCUUGGAGAUUCUGUUUGGGGGUCUCGUCUGGAUUUUGGUGGCCUCCUCCAACGUUCCUCUACCUCUGCUCCAAGGAUGGGUCAUGUUUGUGUCCGUGACAGCUUUCUUCUUUUCCCUCCUCUUCCUGGGUGUCUUCCUCUCUAGGAUGGUGACUCAAAUUGAUGCCAACUGGAACUUCCUGGACUUUGCCUACCAUUUUAUAGUGUUUGUCUUCUAUUUUGGAGCCUUCUUGCUAGAAGCAGCGGCCACCUCCCUGCAUGACCUGCAAUGCAACACAACCAUGACAGUGAAACCACUCCUGAAUGACAACCAGUACAACAUCAACGUGGCAGCCACAAUUUUUGCCUUCGUGACGACAGCUUGUUAUGGUUGCAGUUUGGCUCUGGCUUUCCGAAGAUGGCGACCGUAACACUCCUUGAAAACUCAGCUGUGUUUCUACUUUAUAUGUCGGGUCACUUUGGAUACCAUCACAUUCCAUACUUUGCUUAGUAUAGAGAGAAAGCCUAAGUGAAAGUUUUGGUUUAUUUCAGGGGUUGAAUUUUAAUAUUAUUAUGCUGUUAGAGAAAUAAUCGUCCACUUUACAUUUGUCUCUGUCUUCUUUUUGAAGAAAGCUCCCAUGUACUUCAUAGAGUACACAAGACACUAUUCAUGAAGGAAUAGUAUUCCUUUUGUUUGGUAGCAAAGUCACCUGAACCUUACUAGGUAACUAAAACAACAAAUUUCAAACAGCCUUCCCACUAAACUCUAUCCCUUAGUAUAAAACAGGCGUUAGUCCACAUCUUCUUUGUGUCAAAUGGGACACGUACAGCCUAGUUCUGCUGUGGUAGUAUGGAAGCAGUAAUAGACAACAAUUAAAUAGUAUGGCUAUAUGCUAAUAAAGCUUUAUUCACAAAAAAAGGUAUUAAAACUGGAUUUGGCCCACAAGCUGCAAUUUGUCAAUGAUUGCCAGGAAACCUUUAGUUAGGUAUUUUGCAUUUUAUUGAACCAAUCAUAAAAGUUUAUAAGUGUCACUAGACAAAGCACAUAGUAUAUUUAGUCUCAUUAUCCAAUAAUCACAUUCCUUUUUGUUCAUGUUCAAAUACUUACCCUUUUAAGGGCAUCUUGUUUCUCAAAAUAACUCCAUAACUCCAUCAAAGCCUUGGGUAUGAGGAAAAGUAAUGAAUGAAGUCAACCCUAUUUGCUUAAACGAACUAUUGGUCUCCUGACAGCUGAGCAAGACUCUCACCAGAGUUACCCCAGAGACAGUCAUUACUGGAACUGGUAUCUAUGUAUGUCUUACUUUGGUUUAUUUAUGUUUCAGAAUAUGGUUGUUUGCCCUGUGCAUGAGUAUAUAAAUAUUUAUGUAUGUAAAGCUUUUCCAAAUAUCUUUAUGAAGUUGUUUUUUUUUUUUUUUACUUUCUGUUUUUGCAUUAUUUUGGGAGUCAGAUUUAAGUAGAAUAUUAUGGAUCACAUAGAGAUACGGAUUCUCACAUUUUGAUCAUAGCCCAAAUGUCGAUGUUGUUACUGCAUUAGUGACUGACACACCAAGUCAGCUUUUAGACAGUUAUUACCACAAAAGCUGCCUCUGGCUAAAUAGUACAGGACACUGUAGAGACUGUGGCUAUGGCAAGUUACCAAACGGCUUGAAUGGGAGAACCAGUUAGAGGUAGGCAAUAAUUCUCUCUAUGUUCUCCAUACAAAGUACUUGCCUGUUGCUUUAACAGAACUAGGCUCUGGAAAGGGGGUGGGUCUUGGGAUCGCUUUAUUCUUUCAGCUCAUUGCCGCCUAGCUGAAUCAUCACCUAGGAGCGCUGUGAGAGAGUUGGAGUGUCAGAAUUCAUGGAGCAUAGGCACACCAUGAAUAAGUGGCAUGAUCAAAGCCUGGUGAUCAGAUCUGCUCACCUGACACUCCCUAGAAGAAGAAACUUGUUAGAGCUCUGAAAUACACUUCUAAUGACGAGAGACGUGUCUGAAUAUGAGACUUGAGGAAAUCAGUCUGGUGACUUUAUACUCACAUCAUACCUUUUCUAAACCUGUAUUAUGAAUUAUAUAUAUUUUAAAGUCAUAAAUGUGCCAUAAAGAUGUAUUAUGCAUUCUACUCAGAAUCACUAAAAGAUAGUAUUCUAGAAUUUAGUUGUAAGGUUUUAUUUUUUCCAAAGAUGUAACCGGCCAUGUUUUGUGGCACCAAAGUAAAUGAUUUCUUCAAAGUGUGUUGGUGGCACUUUUGUAAAGGGACUGCUUCUCGAUCAUUAAGAACUAAACCUAACGCUCACUAACUGUGAAUACCUACAUUUUAGAUUUAUUGCAUUCUAGAUUUGUGAGUUGAGUGGCAAAGCACUUGAACAAAACCUAUGGCAUUUAAGAAUUUCUUUACACAUCUUAGCUGUAAAAAUGAGAAAGUGUUUGUUGGUUUUAAAAAUCUGAUAACUCCAUGAUGAAAAGAAAUUUAUUUUAUAAGUGUUAUGACUCUAAUAAAGUAUUCAUUUGAUAA